GCUAAAAUGGAGUUGGCCAAAAGAACGGUAGCGCUUCUUUUCGCGCUAAUUUGUUUAUUAGCCGCAGUACAGGCCGGCCUACUGCAAUCAAAGGCGCGCAGUAGACGUGAAGAAUCCGUUACCAUAGCCACACUGGGUACUACAGACACAUAUUCCACACCCCCAACUGAAAGUCCAAUUAAUGGCACCACCGAAGGACCAAUUACCAGCAGCAUUCCGCCAAACACAACCACACCUGCACUACCAUCAACUACCGAUGCGCCACCACCGGAAAAUGGAACGGGCGUGGUGGUGCAUGGCGACUGCGCAUUCGAUGUGAAUGGAGAUCUGAACGAUCCAGCACCAAUAUUCAUGUUAUCUAACCGCCUCGAGUGGAUACAGCCUAAUUCAGCUGGUGUAGUCGUAUUGUCCAAUGGUGCCUACGUCGACAUGUACUGCAGCAAAUCGUUUAUGGCACCAUUUACCAAUCGCACCAAAGUCACAGCACAGUGCCUGCAAAAGCAAUACUUCCUAGUAGAUGGAUUGAUUUAUCCGUUCUCAAAUUUUAGCUGCACCAGUUGGCCUGCGCAUACGGCACGUCGCACCGGACGGUUCUGCAAUGGUGGCACUGAUCUGCUGGAAGUUGGCUUCGAACUCGAAGUGGGAUUUCUACAAACAAUGGAUGUUUGCCACGAUGAAGUGAAUGAAGUGACGCGUUAUGUACAUCAUGUACUAAAUCCCGCCAGCAACAGCUACCAGCAUGGUGUCACGCGUCCAAGUUUCAUUCCUGGCGACUUCUAUGCGGGCAAAAACGUUGAUAAUCUCUACACGAAGGUGAAGCAGAACGAAACUAUUAGUAAGAUACUUGGCAUGGAUGCGUCGCCUUACUUCAAUGACAGCAUCAAUGUGUACAUGGCACGUGGACACAUGGCCGCUAAAGCUGACUUCAUUUUUGGUGCAGCACAUAAGGCCACCUUCUAUUUUGUGAAUGCAGCGCCACAAUGGCAGACGUUCAAUGGUGGAAAUUGGGAGCGCAUUGAAGAUAGUAUACGCCGUUAUGCGACCGAUCAGGCAUUGACUCUGGACUGCUACACUGGCAUUUGGGGUGUUUCUACACUGCCUGAUGUUAAUGGGGUAGAACAGGAGCUAUAUUUGGCAUUCGAUGAGAACAAUAACGGUCUAAUACCAGUGCCAAAGCUAUACUUCCGCGUGGUCAUCGAUCGUGAGUCACGCAAAGGCAUUGUUUUGCUGGGUGUAAAUAAUCCGCAUCUAACAGUGGAGGAAAUUCAAAGUGAUUAUGUGAUUUGCAAGGAUGUGGGCAAACGUAUCGAUUGGAUUGGCUGGGAUAAGGAGAACUUGAUGAAAGGUUACUCGUACGCCUGUGCGGUUGAUGAUUUUACGCAAGUGGUGAAAGAUUUGCCGUUGGAAGAUUUGUACACCACGGGGCUGUUGGGUGUAGAGGAACUAAAAAUCGAGAACAUUCCAAUCUGGGAAGAGCACUAAUUCGAGAGAUUGUUUAUAAUGCGAUUCGAGUAACAAAGAAAAGUGUAUGCGAAAUUGAAAUAUGAUAUAUAUUUUCUUGCUGUAGUUUUCUUUAAUAACUACAGAUGUGCCGGAUUCGUUUUAUUUAUUUAAUGCUCUUAACAACAGGUUUGAUAAGUAACUUUGUAUCUUCAAGUGCUGAUAAACCACUUUUGUUCUUAACAUAAACAUUUGUAUAAUUUGGUACGCAGCUACUGCCUGAUAAGCAGAGCAUUUCGUACACUAAAUCGCUUAUCAGUGGGUAACUUUUCAAGUAUAUACUGGCUUCCCCUGGAGAAUCAAUGUUGUUAGUGUGUAUGUAUUUGCUUUUUUUUAGCAUUACAACAUUUUAAUAUAAUAAAAAAUAAGUGUGCGCUAUCG